UUAACAAAACCGGCGCAUUUAUCUCCCCACCUCUCCCUAAUUUGACUGGUGGGAGAAGUGACAUCUCUCCAAAAAAUCAGCCUUGUGACUUGUGAGAGCCCUGGUGACAACAACCUGAGAUGGUAUAGAAAGUGUCUGAAGUCAAAAUGAACAAGAAAGAAGAAUUAAGAGUAUUCUGUAGGGGUAUUACUGCAAUGUGUGCAUGAACAUGCAUGUACUUUGAUAAGAUCAAACGGUACACUGAGAUGUCAGAGCAUGAGCGGUGUAGAGAUUAAAGGCGCUUGGCAAUGCAUUGAUUCGAAUCCUUUAUUUUGUGUAAAAUAUCAACAUGGAUGACCCAAGCGACUUCUCCGAUCUCCAACAGCAGGCCAUGCAGCUUACUGCCGACAUGGAUACAGGGACGGACCUGCCACGAGUGGAGCGUAACCUGAACCAGAUAUUGGAGGCGGGGCAGCGUCUCCUAGCCAAGGUCGGACCAAUCAGUCAGGACAACACAGAUGUGAAGGCGUCAAUCCUGCUGGGGUCAAAAGGCUAUGAUGUUCCCAAAAUCUCGCAGAAGCUUGAGGGUCUCAGUGCGGCCAAGACAUUUGAACCCCUGGAGCCUGUCAGGGAUACAGAUAUACAGGGAUUUCUGAAGAACGAAAGAGAAAACGCUUUACUGGCAGUCAUUGAACAGACCAGACAAAAUACAUUGGCUGAGACAGAGCGGCGACACUGGGAGUGCAUGGAGAAUGAAUGGGAGCGUGAGAAACAGAAGAUCCUGAAUGCUCUCCUGGGGUCUGGUCAGGACACCAUCGACUUCCAGCCGGAAACAGAGAGUUUCUUAAUAGACUCAGUGUCCCUACAAGGCCGCAGUGCUCUCGAUAACAUGGAGAUGGCUUACUCAAGACAGGUGUAUGAGUAUAAUGAGCAGGUGAUCAAUUCAGCAUACGUGAAGCCCAGCCUGGUUGACAUGUUCCUGCAGGUGGCUAACACUUCAGACAACAAGCAUGUUGAGGACCUAUGGGAGAUGGUGAAGGCGAUGGUGGACAUUCCCUCGUGUACGGGCAGACAGAACGCCCAAACUCAGAAGGCAUUUGUUCGCAAUGCACGGGCACAUCUGGAACAGUCAUACAAGAAGUUUAUCACAGGUCAGAUUUCCGGUAAUCUGCAGCAGGCCCAGCUGGGGGGCAUUCCUGGCACAUGUAACCUGGUCCGCAGUUACCUCAACAUACGACAAGCCACACUUCCCAGGGGACUGGAGGAUGGAACUGUGGAAGGCCAUCCAACCUGGGCCAUGAUCUUCUACUGUCUUCGCUGUGGUGACCUCAAGGCCGCUCAGUCUGUUGUCACAAAGGCUGGGCACCAGCUUGGGGACUUCCCCACCUUUCUGCAGGAGUAUCUCACCAACCCAGGUCACCGACUCAGCCCCAGUAGUGAGACCAAAAUACAGCUACAGUACAGGCGUGUCGUUAAACAGUGCCCAGACCCAUUUAAAAGAGCGGUAUUCUGCAUCAUCGGGCAGUGUGACUACCAGGAAGAUCACACUGACAUUGCUGACAAGAUUGACGACUACCUGUGGCUGAAACUCUGCCAGAUACAGGCUGACGGGGAGGACAAGGCCGACACACUCACACUCCAGAAACUACAGACUAUGCUGUAUGAGGACUACGGUGAGAGCCAUUUCAAUGGGUACCAGCAGCCAUUCCUGUACUUCCAAGUGCUCCUGUUAACUGCCCAGUUUGAGGCUGCCAUAGAGUUUAUGUCACGUAUCGAGAGGCUCAGAUGUCAUGCUGUGCACGUGGCUAUCGUGCUGUACUCACUGAAUCUGCUCCAGUGCUCGCAAAACACACAGGCUCAGCUAUUGAGUAAAGACCCGGGUGACCCAAUCCCCCAGCGGAGACUGAACUUUGCCCGGCUGAUCAUGAUGUACACCCGCAAGUUUGAGGAGACAGACCCCAGGGAGGCUCUGCAGUACUUCUACUUCCUCAGAGAGCUGAGGACAAGCCAGAACGAGAAUCUGUUUAUGACGUGUGUCAGCGAGCUCGUGCAGGAAACCAAGGAGUAUGAAAUGCUUCUUGGUCAGCUUUUAAAGGAUGGAUCCAGAAAGCCUGGUGCAAUUGACAAGUUCCAAGUUGAGACUCAGAGAAUCAUAGAGAAGGUUGCCAAUGAUACGGAGAACAAGGGGUCAUUUGAGGAUGCUGUCAAACUCUAUGACCUCGCCAAGAAACCAGAGAAGGUUCUAGAGCUACUGAACAAGCUGCUGAGUCAGGUGGUCUCACAGACACCUAGUAACCAGUCCAGCAGAGACAGGCUUAAAAACCUUGCUGUUGGGGUUGCUGAAAGGUACCGGAGUGGAGGGGUAGCUGAGAGUGUAAGGUCAAGCUCCAAUAGUUUUUACCUCAUCCUUGACCUUGUCACCUUCUUUGACCUCUACCAUUCUGGCCAGAUGGAAGACGCUCUGGAAAUAAUCCGACAACUCCAUCUACUACCACUGACAACAGACGCUGUAGAGCACAAAGUAAACACAUUCAGAAACUACACAGAGGAGGUGCGGAGGUGCUUGCCUGAUGUUUUACUGGCCACAAUGAAUGUCUUACAUCACCAAUUCAAAGCUGCCAGAAACACCGCUCCCCAGAGCCCGCUGGUCCGGGGCAGGAACGAGGAUGGAGGGAAAGAAACAUACCUGAACUACCUACGAAGCCAAGCUAAGGCGUUGAUAAUGUUUGCUGGAAUGUUACCAUACCGACUACCUGGGGACACCUACACAAGACUGGUUCAGGUGGAAGUCCUCAUGAACUAGGCUUUGACACUCAAAUAUUCAUGAAAUAGACCGUGUCACUCAAUACUUCAUGAAGUAGAUUGUGCUACUCAAAUAGGUCCCAAAAAAACACACUUGACUUGAUGAAACAGUGCUGAUGUGACUAUAUUAAAGUGAUCAUGUUUUCAAAAUAUCUAAUUCUGAUCCUGCUAGUGCUCGAUUCUUCAACAGGACUUAUAAAUUGCGAAUUUGUUUUAUCUGACAUGUCAAAUAUGCAAUACUUAAACUUGUGCUAUAGGGAAUUUAAAAUUUCUUUGGUAAUUUAGAGUGUGUAGUAAUGUAUCGAGAUUCUCUUUAGAUGUUACUGUACACACUCAUGUGUUCAUAAUGUUUCCAGUGGUAUUGUCAUUGUCAGUCUGAUAAAAUAAAUAAAAGCAAGAUUUAUGAAAAUAAUAUGUUUAUGGCCUUCUUCAAAAAAGAGGGUAUAUUGCUUUGAACAUCUGUCUGUCGGCUGGUUGAUAUGUGGGUAGACCAAUGCUUGUCUGUGAUUACUAACAAUGGCUUGACCUUUGGUCCUCAAACUUCACAUAAAGGUUGGGCAUGACCAGUAGAUGACCCUAAUGAUUUUCAGAACAUCAGGAGGUUAUAGUGACCUUGAAAGUGAAAAGCUUGACCAAUGGAUAACACAUGACCCUUAAACCUGAAAUAAAGGUUAUGGGUGUGACCAGAUGAUGACCACUAUUAUUUUUUCGACCCACACUAACAAAAAAUACUGGAUCCACCCAUGCUUUAUUAUCAUGUGUGAAUACCGACUUUCUUUUCUUAAGAUACCGAUUUUGAUUUAAAAUAUGUGACUAUAUGAAUAAUUAUUUUUGCUCAUCAUUUCCCCGAUUAUAAGACCAGGAAAUUGGGGCCUCUAUUAUAUUAGCGUGGCUAUAAGAAAUUCAGAAAGAAUAGAGUCAGAAUCAAUAAUAUUCAACAUACGGUAUUUUGACAAGAUCACAACCAUUGGAUUAAGACCAUCUGCUUUGUUUUGCUACAAUGAACACUUGAUAUCAACACUUGUUACUGGUGAAAUUAUUUAGAUAUAUUUAUACAAAACACUAAUAGUAAACUAUGAAAUGACAUAAAACAAUUCACAAGGAUAUGAAACAGUAUGCUUAUUUUAUUUGCACUCAGUUAUAUUAUAAACUGAAUGGUUCAGAAGGAACAUGUAACGUCGGCGUUAAGGUAAGGAUUGGUUAGAAAAAUAAGAAAGUAAGUUUGGAGUGGUGACGAUA